AUGGACGACAAUGGCGAGGAUUGCGUGUACUUCGGGCGCGCGUUGGAGCGCGCGGAGGGCGCGGGGGGCCGCAAGCUGCACCUGGCAAUGGCGAAGGGGCGCGCGAAGCAGGCGGUGCCGCCGUGGCAGCAGGAGGCGCGCGACGAUGAGGGCAGGCGGCGGUUUCACGGCGCGUUCACGGGGGGCUUUUCCGCGGGGUACUUCAACAGCGUGGGGUCCAAGGAAGUAGGCGCCGAUGCGGCUGUUCCCUCGCUUGUUGUUCCCUCGCCUGCUGUUACCUCACUUGCUGUCCCGCUUGCUGCCGCUGUCCUGCUCCCCCCCGCGUUUAUCUGCACGCCAACCCGCCGCGUUUAUCUGCCCGCCAACCCCCCGCGUUUAUCUGCCCGCCCCUCCCCCGCGUUUAUCUGCCCGCCAACCCCCCGCGUUUAUAUGCCCGCCAACCCCCCGCGUUUAUCUGCCCGCCAACCCCCCGCGUUUAUCUGCCCGCUCCCCCCCCCCCCCUCGCGUUUAUCUGCCCGCCAACCCCCCGCGUUAUCUGCCUGCCAACCCCCCGCGUUUAUCUGCCCGCCAACCCCCCGCGUUUAUCUGCUCGCCCCUCCCCCGCGUUUAUCUGCCCGCCAACCCCCCCGCGUUUAUCUGCCCGCCACCCCCCCACGUUUAUCUGCCCGCCAACCCCCCGCGUUUAUCUGCCCGCCAACCCCCCGCAUUUAUCUGCCCGCCAACCCCCUCGCGUUUAUCUGCCCCCCCCCCCCCCCCCCCCCCCCCCCCCCCGCGUUUAUUUGCCCGCCAACCCCCCGCGUUUAUCUGCCCGCCAACCCCUCACCAUCCAGCCCAGGGUGGCUGCCUGCAUCGUUCCGCUCGUCGCGCUCGCAGCGCGCGGAGGUGCAGCCGCAGCGCGUGGAGGCGCUCAUGGACGCCGACGAGCGCCACGACGCGCAGCGCAGCGCCGUGGCGGCUCACAGCGCGUUCGACACGUUCGGCUUCACCGCUGCUGAGCGCGCCCGCCACCUCGCCCCCGCCGCGGACCGGCGCCCCUCCGUGAUUCCCGGGGGAGGCGUGGCAGAGCUGCUGGCGCCCGCUGCUGACUCCAUCGGUGCGGCAAGGGGGGAAGGGAGGGCGGAGGCAGGGGGACCAACCUGUCCUCUGCUCUGCACGUCUGAACCCAUUGCCUCAGUGCCCCAUGCACAUGCAUACCUCCUCUCCCCCCCACUUUCCUUCCACCUCUCCCACUUCCCGCCCCUCUCCAACCCCCCUCCUUAA